AUGACCUCGCACACAGUACAGAAGGACCACGCUGAAAAGACAAAGGACCGCCCUUCGGUCCUGCGCAGCCGCGCCUACGCCUUCUGCCAAGCCUUAGUCACACCACCUCCACCCCCUGAGCUUCUCAAGGAAUUCUUCAUUCCAGAAGCCGUCGGGAAGAACCCCACGAUCAGAGAACACGGGCCAUCGUGGGCAACCGUAAAUCUUCCUUUCCUCGGACGCGACUUCGUCGGCUCCGACGCCUCAAAUGAGUAUUUCAAGCUCCUGUCGCAGUCCUUGAGGAUGCAGCUGGACAGGGACAGCUUCCCCGGCGAGGACGGCUUCGUGGUGGAUGCGGAGGCUAACAGGGUCGCCGUGGUAGGCAGGGGCAGGUUUGAGAGCGUUGCAACGGGGAGGAGCUGGGACGAGAAGUUCUCGUACGUCCUCAGUGGCUGGGACGAGGAUGGCAGGAUAGGGAGGUGGGAUAUCUGGGCUGAUCCCCUGAGUGCCUGGGCAGCGGUUUCUGACCAGCAAAUCGACGGCUGGAAGAAGGAUUCAUUUCCGCGGUACAAUUAG